AUGAUGACCAAAUGCCCAUUGAGUGUGCAGAAAGAGGAAGAACACAUAUUUAAUUACUACAAGCCAGGAGACUUCCUGAUUGGUGCAAUCAUAUCUACAACUAGCACUAUAUUUCAACCAUAUGUUUUCUUUAAACCUCCAAACAAUAGAUUUCGAAGUAUGUCCAGUAUGAGCUUCUGGCACGUCCUGCCCUUCUUCUUUGCCAUUCAUGAGAUCAACCAGAAUCCAAAGCUGUUACCAAACAUCACCCUGGGCUACAGCAUCUAUGAGAACUUUUUCAGUGCAAGAAUAACUUGCGAUGUCAUGAUGGACUUGCUUUCUGCAGGGCAGGAGAAUGUCCCAAACUAUAGUUGUGGAAAACAAAAUAAUCUGUUGCCUCUACUCGAAGGGACCGAUUCUCAUCUCUUUAAUCAAAUUUCCACCAUGCUGGGCAUCUACAAAAUCCCACAGAUCAACUAUGCGGUCAUCAGCCACAUUCCAGAGCAGAAACACCAUUUCCCUUUUUUCUACCGAGUGAGUCCAAAACAGGAACCUCCUCACUUGGCAAUUGUCAAGUUGCUCCUGCAUUUCCGAUGGACGUGGAUCGGCCUCACUGCUCUGGACAAUGAAAGCGGAGAAAAGUUCAGAAGAACCUUUGUGCCAGAAGCCGAAAGGAAAGGUGUCUGUGUUGCCUUCUCAGAAAUCUUACCCAUGGUUAUUAGAGCAGGGAGGGAAAAGGACAUCCUUGAAUAUUUUAGUGACACUAAAGUGAAAAGUAUUGUUUGUCAGUUGGACUUUCAGGCCACAAUAAUACUAGCAGUAGUAAUAAGAGAAAUUGACAGUAGUGAAAUCCUGUUUGGGGGGAAAGUAUGGAUUGCCACAACUUUGUCAGGUAUAAGCGUGAGACUUUUUUAUCGGUUGCUUAAUCUCCAGCAUAACCAUCUUUUACUAUCCUUCUCAAGUCAGACAAAAAAAACGACCCAGUAUUAUGAUUUUAAUUCAGAUUACUCUGCUACUACGCAGUUUGGGGAGGCAGCAUUUCAGUGUUCUUAUUCAAGUCCUUUGUUGUCUAAGAAAGUUUGGAAUACAUGCCUGGAAAAAGAGACCUGGGAAAUCCCACCCCAGGAUCUGGUUGAAAGAAUCCUGUCUGAGGAUGGCUCCAGUAUUUCCACAACAAUCCAGGUUGUGGCCAGGAUCCUCAGUGCUGCCUUUUCCUCCCAAAUGAGUAAGAGGAAGCUGCCUGUUAGGGAUGUUAAGACAUUCCAGAUUAUACAGCCAUGGCAGCUCCAUCCUUUUCUAAGAAACUUAGAGAUUUACAAUUUUUCUGUGGAUGAUGUUUAUUUGGAUGAGACUGGAAUUCCUGUUGCUGACUUUGAUAUUAUGGACUGGGCAGUAUUUCCUAACAAGUCUUCUGCUGGAGUGAAAAUAGGGGAUAUUGAAAAAGAAAAAGUCUCUUCAGAUAUCAAGUUCUCUAUCGAUGAGAGUGUCAUCAUAUGGCCAACAUCCUUUAACUCGAUGCAGUAUUCCAGAAGACCCCUUUUUCUAGAUGUACUAAAAAUUGCCUCCCAGGAUAUACCAAGCUCACAAGAGAAGGAGAACCAGUGUGCUGCUAUGACUGCUCUCCAUGUAUGGAAGGAACAAUCUCCACACAGGAAGUGUGCCUCAUCCACACUCAGGAAAAGAACCAAGACACAGCCGUGUUCUGUAUUCAAUAAAAGUAGCAUUUUACCAGGUUGGAUGUUUUCCGAAACUGCUGAAACAGUAAAAAGUAAUAUUGACAAAGAUGGAGAAAUCUUGAGAGAUGACAGAAAUAGAGAAAAAAAUAGCAAUUCAUGUUUUUCAGAUGUGUCCCAAUGUGAAAAGUGUCCAGAUGAACAACAUUCCAACCAGAAGCGAGAUCAGUGUGUCCCCAAAAUUGAGACUUUCCUGUCCUACAAAGAAAUGUUAGGUCUCAUUCUGGCUAUCAUUGCCUUUUUUUUGUCUCUAAACACUGCCUUAGUUCUAGGAAUCUUAAUUAAAUAUCGAGAAACCCCCAUAGCCAAAGCUAACAAUCGGGAUCUCACCUACAUUCUCCUGGUCUCUCUCCUGCUUUCCUUCUUGACCUCUCUUCUAUUCAUUGGUCGGCCCAAGAAAGUGACCUGCCUUUUUCAACAAAUCACCUUCAGUGUGGUUUUCUCAGUUGCUGUCUCCUCCUUGCUGGCCAAGACUAUCAUGGUGGUGGUGGCAUUUUUGGCCACAAAGCCAGGCAGCAGGAUGAGGAAAUGGUUGGGGAAAAGUCUGGCCAACUCCAUUGUCUUGUCUUGCUCUGGAGUUCAGGUGGGCAUCUGCCUUAUAUGGCUGAGAAUCUCUCCCCCAUUUCCACAUUCUGACCUGCAUUCUCAACCAAGACAGAUCCUCCUGCAAUGUAAUGAAGGCUCAAUCACCAUGUUCUACACUGCCCUUGGUUACAUGGGCUUUCUGGCUGCCAUCUGCUUUUUGGUGGCUUUUCUGGCACGCAAGCUUCCGGGGACUUUCAAUGAAGCCAAGUGGAUCACCUUCAGCAUGCUGGUUUUCUGCAGUGUUUGGAUCUCCUUCAUCCCCACCUACCUGAGCACUAAAGGGAAAUACAUGGUGGCUGUGCAAAUCUUCUCUAUCCUGGCUUCCAGCCUAGGUUUACUGGGCUGUAUUUUUGUCCCCAAAUGUUACAUCAUUAUUCUGAGACCUGACAUGAACACUAAGGAGAAUCUAAUGAUGAAAAAUAAUGUGGGUUCUUGAUUUUGAAAGUUAUUUAUUACCCAAGUUAUUGUUAAGAUAAAAUAGGAUAGUUGGAAAUAAAAUCUUUAUGUGUUCUAAGAACUCUCUCUUUCUCUCACAUAAAGUCUCAAUUAUUAUUGAUAUAAUAAGCUAUAUUAAAGACGUAGAAGAGGUCAUUUUCUUUUGAAUUAUUACUUUCUUUUACCAUAAUCCAUGUAUAGGAAAAAUCAUAAAAUCUCAUUAACCAUAUAUCUACUGAAACCAAUUAAGAGAGAGCAUUAUAAAAACAAAUUUCCUUUAUCUAAUGUAUAAGGUAUGACUGUAAGGACCUUCCUCAGCUAAUCCUCUCAGGAAAGCACAACUCUUCACACCAUGUGGUUAAUCAAAAGAACUUUUAGUGAGAAACAGUGGUUGCAAUAAAAUCAGGUGGAAUCUAAUGAUUCCACAAAAAUCACCAAGCUAUUCUUCCCAUUCCUAAACCCAACCAUGCUGACCAGUCCACUGGGAGCCAAUACAGUGCUGCAAGGUUGUUUUGAGUGCCUGGGGGUACAGGACAGAUAACAGGUCAUCCUUGGG